UCGGCGAUGCUCCUCACUUUCUGCUCCUGCUCCUGCCGCCGCCACCGCCUCCGCAGCCUUUACCGCCUCCUCCACCUCCUCGUCGUUCUCCUCCUCCUCUGCCUGGAAGCCUGGUUCUCAGCAGCGGAGGAGAGAAGUGCUAUGUCAGGAAAGUUCCAGGAGGAACUGGAUGAGGCCAUGCUCACGGGGCUCUUCCCAGGGCGCCCGCGCGCCGCCCUUUGUAUGCGGAUAUUGUGUGCAAUGAAGGAGGCACAGGAUAUUAAACAUGCUGACAUUAUGCUUGAUGGUUUAAUUUGGCAAAAUUACCCAGGAUAUGGGUGUACUCUAAUAAGAGCAAAGUCUCCAAUAAUGGAAGUAAUCUUUAUAAUCAACGAGCUACCAGAUGCCUGACGUGUCUCCAGGAGAUGAUGCCAUAUCCAGCAAAAGAACUCCUGUGGAAGAUGGAACCCUUUGUCCAUUUUCCAGAAUGUGUUUCCAAGUCCAUCAGUGGAACCUGAUACUGCUGUUCUGUGUUGAAAUGUUUGAAGAACACACACAUCUCUGCCUGCACCUACCGUCCUCCUGAAACCAUGGUCUUCUCAGCAGUGUUGACUUCGUCCCAUACUGGGGCAUCCAACACGACAUUUGUAGUUUAUGAAAACUCCCACAUGAAUAUUACAGCCCCUCCACCAUUCCAGCCACCCAGCAUUGGUCCACUGCUUAGAUACAGUUUUGAAACCAUGGCUCCCACUGGUUUCAGUUCCUUGACAGUGAAUAGUACAGGUGUGCCCCCAACACCAGCUGUUUUUAAGAGUCUGAGCUUGCCUCUCCAGAUCAUCCUUUCUGCUAUCAUGAUAUUUAUUCUGUUUGUGUCUUUCCUUGGGAACUUGGUUGUUUGCCUCAUGGUUUACCAAAAAGCAGCCAUGCGAUCUGCAAUUAACAUCCUCCUUGCCAGCCUGGCUUUUGCAGAUAUGCUGCUUGCGGUGCUGAACAUGCCCUUUGCUCUGGUAACUAUUCUUACUACCAGAUGGAUUUUUGGGAAAUUCUUCUGUAGGGUAUCAGCUAUGUUUUUCUGGUUGUUUGUGAUAGAGGGAGUUGCCAUCCUACUCAUCAUUAGCAUUGAUAGAUUCCUUAUUAUAGUCCAGAGGCAGGAUAAGCUAAAUCCAUAUAGGGCUAAAGUUCUGAUUGCAGUUUCUUGGGCAACUUCUUUUUGUGUAGCUUUUCCUUUGGCUGUAGGAAACCCUGACCUGCAGAUACCUUCCCGAGCCCCCCAGUGUGUGUUCGGGUACACAACCAAUCCCGGUUACCAGGCCUAUGUGAUUUUGAUUUCUCUCAUUUCUUUUUUCAUACCUUUCCUGGUGAUACUGUAUUCAUUUAUGGGCAUACUCAACACCCUUCGGCACAAUGCCUUGAGGAUCCAUAGCUACCCUGAAGGUAUAUGCCUCAGCCAGGCCAGCAAACUGGGUCUCAUGAGUCUACAGAGGCCCUUCCAGAUGAGCAUUGACAUGGGCUUUAAAACACGUGCCUUCACCACCAUUUUGAUUCUCUUUGCUGUUUUCAUUGUCUGCUGGGCUCCAUUCACCACUUACAGCCUUGUGGCAACAUUCAGUAAGCACUUUUACUAUAAGCACAACUUUUUUGAGAUUAGUACCUGGCUACUCUGGCUCUGCUACCUCAAGUCUGCAUUGAACCCACUGAUCUACUACUGGAGGAUUAAGAAAUUCCAUGACGCCUGCCUGGACAUGAUGCCGAAGUCCUUCAAGUUUCUGCCACAACUCCCUGGUCACACAAGGCGACGGAUACGUCCUAGUGCUGUCUAUGUGUGUGGGGAACAUCGGACGGUGGUGUGAAUAUUGGAGCUAUCUGUCAUUUGGGGUGAUGAUUGUUCUUUAUUGACUUUGAACUUUUUCACAUGGCUUUUCCACUUAAACUUUAUUGUGUUUUAUAAGGUGUGUGUGUGUGUGUGUGUGUGUGUGUGUGUGUGCAGUGUAAAGAAAGUAUAGUAAUCCUGUUACCAAGGAUACACAAUAGGAAAGUGAUCACAAAUGUUACCUUCAGGGUUCAAGAAAAAUCCUUGGUUUAGACUGGGGAGAUUGUU